AUGGCCAACGACUUCCAGAUGUACCUCGUCUCCCCGUUGAUCAUCCUCCCUCUCUUCUUCUUCCCGGCCGUCGGCAUGGGAUUUGCUGGUCUCCUUCUCGCCGGGUCUAUCACAGUCCCAGCCGUCGUCCUAAUCGCCAACGACAUCGGAGGGACAUCCACUUACCAAGAUAGAAUCAACCCCGAUGACGGGAGAAUGUUCAUGAAAUACUACGUGAAACCAUGGACACGAUUCGGACCGUACCUCAUCGGUCUCGUUCUAGGGUAUAUAUUGCAUCGAAUCAAAGGGAAGAAUAUAAAACUUUCUAAGGUAACAGGGAAGGAUCUUCCUACGGUUGUGGUGCUCGCUGGCUGGUGCGCAGCGAUAGCGACUAACAUGGCAGUCAUCUAUGGUCUGGAAUACUAUAUGAAACCAUUGUCACCGGCGAUGCCGAGAGCGGCUCAGGUCAUCUACGUCGCUGUGCAUAGGGUCGCCUGGUCCGUCGGGUUGGCAUGGGUCGUUUUUGCCUGCCACAUUGGGGCUGGAGGUCCAGUGAAUACUCUGCUUAGCUGGAAAGCCUUCGUACCUCUCGGCCGACUCACCUAUAGCGCAUACCUCGUCCACGUUCUGGUUGCGGGCUGGUACCAGUUCGGGAUAGAUUCUUCCGUCUACGUCGACCAUGAGACUCAGGUGAUAGUAUUCUUGUCCACACUGAUCCUGACUCACUUCGUGGCCGUCAUCUUCUCUUUGACGUUCGAGAUACCUGUUCUGGGACUCGAGAAGAUCUUUUGUGGACUCAUCUUUGGAGAGGGAAACAUGCCAGGCCAUAAUAACUUCCCGGUAGCUAUUAAACCCCACAGUAUGAUGGAAGGUGAAAAAGGAAACGAUUUUUCAAAGGGAAAGCUAGAAGUACUCGACCUCAAUCUUGCUUCUCCAGAGACUGGCAUUCUGAAAGGAGACAUAAUAGUGCACGACGUCUCUUGGGAAAAGCCAAAGUACGGCGGCUUAGAGAACCCUGCAUUCAUCCCCGACACGAAACAGAAACUCGGCUACGACGAAUCAUUGGACGGUCAAAGUCAGCACAAAUCUCUCUCAUCCUUCUCUCACUCUACCCCAAGAGACUCCUCAGAGGAAACCCGAAAGGCAACCGGAGAAUCAACUUCCGAAGGAGAGCAUUCAGACCAAGGAAACAAGUCAUCCUCUCCUCACUCCAGCCCCAGAGGAUCCUCAGACGAGACCAUGGAAGUCAAUGGCCAACGAACCUCGCAGUCCUCACAGGAUGAAGACGAAAUCAAGCCAGAGCCGGCAAUGGAGAAGUUCUGA